UGGAUUCACUUGUCUAAAUUGAUUAAAACCUUGUUGUAUUGCUCUGUUUGCUAUUGUUACUUGUCACACACUCACAACUAUUGAAUCUGCUUAGCUUAAGAAAUGACUUGUAUUCUCACUGAUUCACAUCACUAGGACUGGUUCGACAUUCACCCCCCUACACUACAACAUUUGCAAUAGGCAGAAAAACCUAUUAUCAAAUUGGCGCCGUUGCCAAUCCUAGUCUGAUUGUGACAUUGCGUUUGAGUCUUUGCUUGAGACUGAGUUUUACUUUGUUUUUAAGUUACUAAUUAUCUAUCUUCAUAUAUAUUUGGAUGACAGGUGCAUGAACUUGAGAAGCAAAGGAUCAACAAAUCUUGCACCAAGAGUGGACAACAUCAAAGCCUUAGAAAGAGAGUUGGGAAGACAGAGAAGAGAAAGAGAAAAGCAAGCCCACUUACAUAGAUUGGGGCUUGAGAUGGAGAGAAACCCGAAUCAACCGGAAGGUGUCUAUGAAGUUGAUGAUCAUAGACAAAAUGUCCAAGAAGUUCCUCCUGGAGCUGCUCAAGAGGGCAAUGGUCAAGGAGCUGCCAACCUUCGACCUAGACAACCACAACGCCAAGCUAGGGCCAUCGGUACAUAUGAUCAACCUAACAUAAAUGGGAAUAGGUUGGGCAUUAGGGGACCGCCAGUUGCCAACAACAAUUUCGAGAUCAAGUCCAGCCUCAUCAACAUGAUUGAAAACAACAAGUACCAUGGACUUGCCUUGGAAGACCCACUAGAUCACCUUGACAGAUUUGAUAAAUACUGUGGCUUGUCAAAAACAAAUGGAGUUUCAGAGGAUGCUUUCAAGCUCAGAUUGUUUCCCUUCUCUUUGGGAGACAAGGCUCACACUUGGGAGAAAAACAUCUCAAGUGAUACUAUCACAACUUGGGAUGAAUGCAAGAAGGCCUUCCUCAACAAGUUCUUCUCUGCUACAAGGACUGCAAACCUUAGAAAUCAGAUCUCUGGUUUUCAACAAAAAGGACUUGAAGGAUUUUCAGAGGCAUGGGAGAGAUUCAGAACCUACUUGUCUCAAUGUCCCCACCAUGGCUUCAACAAUGAGAGCUUGCUAAGCACUUUCUACAGAGGAGUCUUGCCUAAAUUCAAAAGCCAGCUUGACACUGCAAGCAAUGGAAACUACUUGGGGAGGACUGUCGAAGAUGCAUUAGAACUCUUGGAGAACAUGGCACAGAGUGAUUCUGUCUACAAUGAUGAAUAUGACAGAAGAGACAGAAGUGGGGGAGGAGAAGAUAUGACCACAAAAAGAGAACUGAAAGCAAUACAAGAAAAGAUUGACAUGCUACUAUCAGAAAAGAACAAGAAGGAGGAGUUACAUAUGGUUUCUGAAGCUGAUGGAGUAGAAUGCCAAGAAGAUAUGUACUAUGUCAAUGCUCAGGGUACAUGGUACAAGAAGGAACAUGACUAUCAAAACCAGAACAACUACCAACAGAAACCCUUCUACAACAACCAACAGAAGCCAUUCAACAACUACCAGCCAAAACCAUUCUACAACAAUCAGCCUAAGCCAUUCUACAACAACAACCAAGGUGGUUACCAACCAAAACAGAACUUCCCUCCUGGAUUCUCACCAAAACCAAAUCAACCUGCACAAGAACAAGCUGGAUCAUCAACACAACCUCCACAAGAGAGUAGUACUGAAGCGAUGCUAAAACAAUUAUUGGAGGGACAAGCAAGAAGUGAGAAACAAUUAGGGUAUGAGCUGAAAAAUCUACACAACAAGAUUGAUGGGAAUUACCAUGAUCUAAACAACAAGUUCAAAAACUUGGAGAACCAGUUUGUCUCUAUGACAGCCAGCUCAAGUCGCCAACAAGGUACACUACCUGGAAAGCCUGAACAAAACCCAAAGGAGACAAUGAAGGCAAUCACCCUAAGGAGUGGAAGAGAGUUGCCUCCUAAAGUUCUCAUUAAGGAUAAUGAGAAACAAGGUGGGGAGGUGGUCAUCAAUGUAGAUGAUGAUGUGGUGAUUGUGGAUGAGAAAACUAAUGAGGAAAUAUUGGAGAAGAUAGUUGAAGCUAAGGGCAAGAGAAAGAUUGGAGAGGAGAAAUUUGAGAACAAAAAUGAGGAGGUUACAUCAACAAAGGAGAAAUUGUUCACUCCUCCUCCCUAUGAGCCAAAACUUCCCUUUCCUGGAAGAUUCAAAAAGCAACUCCUAGAGAAAUACAAAGCCUUGUUUGACAAGCAAAUGAGUGAAGUUCAGCUCACCAUGCCCAUAAUUGAUGCAUUUAUGCUGGUUCCACAAUACAGCAAGUUCUUGAAAGAUGCUGUAGAACAAAAGAAGAAAGAGAUGGAAGGGAUGGUGAUUCUUACUCACGAGUGCAGUGCCAUUAUUCAGAGAAUGACUGUCCCAAGGAAGCUAGAAGACCCUGGUAGUUUCACCCUGCCAUGCGCCAUUGGACCUUUGACAUUUGAGAAAUGUCUAUGUGACUUGGGAGCAAGUGUCAGCCUCAUGCCACUAUCCAUUGCCAAGAAGCUUGGGUUUACACAAUAUAAAAAGUGCAAGAUCUCUUUGGUGCUAGCUGAUCGAUCUGUCAAGCUCCCCAUUGGCAUCCUAGAAGAUCUUCCUGUAAAGAUAGGAAAUUGUGAAGUGCCUACUGACUUUGUAGUGCUUGAGAUGGAUGAAGAGCCUAGAGAUCCUUUGAUCUUUGGGAGACCUUUCUUGGCGACUGCUGGAGCAAUGGUGAAUGUGAGAGAUGGCACAAUUGAUCUCCACCUUGGAAAAGAUCACAUUCUCCAUUUUGAUAUCAAGGAGAUGAUGAAGAAGCCCACAACUCAAGGAGAAAUAUUCUACAUUGAUGAGAUGGAUGCCUUGGCUGAUGAUUUCCUUGAAGAGUUAGCGAUUGAGGACUCUCUUCAACAGGCCCUGACCAUUGAAAGAGAGACCCAAAUGAUUGAAAACAAAGAGAGUGAUGAGCUAGUAAGAAGGCUAGAUGUUCACCUUGAGGAGGAUGGAGAAGAUGAGUUCAUGGAGUUGCCACAAAUGACUCAACAUGCUGCCUCAGCAGACAUUCAAGAGAACCUCCAUCAAGCUGAUUGGAGUGAGCUCAAGGCACCAAAAGUGGAGCUUAAACCUCUUCCCCAUGGUGUAAGGUACGCUUUCCUUGGACCUAAUGAGACAUAUCCUGUCAUUGUGAGUAGUGAGCUGACUGAGAAUGAAUUGUCUAUGCUUUUAAAUGAACUUAAAAAGUAUAGAAAAGCACUAGGAUACUCACUUGAUGACAUUAAAGGAAUCUCACCAUCUUUGUGCAUGCAUAGGAUACAUCUAGAGGAUGAAUCUAAAACUUCAAUUGAACACCAAAGAAGAUUAAAUCCUAAUUUGAAAGAUGUUGUUAAAAAAGAGAUAAUCAAAUUGUUAGAUGCUGGUGUGAUCUAUCCUAUCUCUGAUAGCAAUUGGGUUUCACCUGUGCAUGUAGUUCCUAAAAAAGGUGGCAUAACAGUUGUUAAGAACGAAAAUGAUGAGUUAAUACCAACAAGAACAAUAACUGGACAUAGGAUGUGCAUUGACUAUCGAAAACUGAAUGCAGCCUCUAGAAAGGAUCAUUUCCCUUUACCAUUCAUUGAUCAGAUGUUAGAGAGGCUAGCUAACCAUCCUUAUUAUUGUUUCCUUGAUGGAUACUCUGGAUUUUUCCAAAUCCCUAUACACCCAAAUGACCAAGAGAAAACGACAUUCACUUGUCCUUAUGGUACCUUUGCAUAUCGAAGGAUGCCAUUUGGACUGUGCAAUGCACCAGCAACAUUCCAAAGAGCAAUGAUGUCAAUUUUCUCUGAUUUUAUUGAGGAUGUAAUGGAGGUGUUUAUGGAUGAUUUUUCUGUAUAUGGUUCUUCGUUUGCUACUUGUUUGUCAAAUCUUUGCAGGGUAUUACAGAGAUGUGAGGACACUAACCUGGUGCUCAAUUGGGAGAAGUGUCACUUCAUGGUCAAUGAAGGGAUUGUUCUUGGACACAAAGUUUCUGAGAAAGGAAUUGAAGUGGACAAAGCCAAGAUAGAUGUCAUGGUUGGUCUAGCUCCACCAAGAACAGUGAAGGAUAUAAGAAGCUUUCUGGGUCAUGCCGGUUUCUAUAGAAGAUUCAUCAUGGAUUUCUCUAAGAUAGCUAGACCAUUGACCAGGCUGUUAUGCAAAGAAGCUGCAUUUCACUUCGAUGAGGAGUGUAUGGAAGCUUUCAAAAACCUGAAGAAUGCACUCAUCAGUACACCCAUAGUUCAGCCGCCAGAUUGGGAUCUCCCCUUUGAGAUCAUGUGUGAUGCAAGUGACUUUGCUGUAGGAGCAGUCCUAGGCCAGAAGAGAGACAAGAAGUCACAUGUGAUCUACUAUGCAAGUAGAACACUUGAUGAAGCUCAAGCUAAAUACUCUACAACUGAGAAGGAGCUAUUGGCCAUUGUCUUUGCAUUUGAGAAGUUCAGAAGCUACUUGGUUGGGUCAAAGGUGACUGUCUACACUGAUCAUGCUGCAUUGAGACACCUCUUAGCCAAGAAAGAUGCAAAACCAAGACUGUUGAGAUGGAUUCUGCUGCUACAAGAGUUUGAUCUUGAGAUCAAGGACAGGCCUGGAGUUGAGAAUGGAGUAGCUGAUCACCUGUCCAGGUUGAAGGUGGAGUGUGGAAUCCCUAUUGAUGACAGACUUCCAGAAGAGCAAAUGAUGGCUAUUCAUGCAGUGGUAGCUGUUUGUGAGACGGGAAAGAAACUUGAAGAGGUGAAGGCAGCUGAUGAGAAGGGUCCUUGGUAUGCUGAUAUAGUCAACUACUUAGCUACUGGAAAAGAGCCAUUGAACCUUGAAGGUUAUGCCAAGAAGAAGUUCUAUAAAGAUGUGAAGAGAUAUUAUUGGGAUGAGCCUUACCUCUACAUACUUUGUAGAGAUCAACUCUAUAGAAGGGCAGUGGCUGAAGAAGAAAUUGAUGGGAUCCUUACACAUUGUCAUGGAUCAUCCUAUGGAGGCCACUUUGCUACCUUUAAGACAGUUGCAAAGGUGCUACAAGCUGGAUUUUGGUGGCCUCACAUGUUUAAAGACACCCAAGACUUUGUCUCAAGGUGUGACUCUUGUCAAAGAAGAGGAAACAUCACCAAGAGGAAUGAAAUGCCUCAAAACCCCAUCCUAGAAGUUGAAGUGUUUGAUGUCUGGGGUAUUGACUUCAUGGGGCCUUUUCCUUCAUCUUAUAGCAACAAGUACAUACUGGUGGCUGUAGAUUAUGUCUCUAAGUGGGUGGAAGCAAUUGCAAGUCCAACCAAUGAUGCAAAGGUGGUUCUAAAAAUGUUCAAGAGCAUAAUCUUUCCAAGGUUUGGGAUUCCAAGAGUUGUGAUCAGUGAUGGAGGGUCUCACUUCAUCAACAAACUGUUUGCAAACCUCCUUAAGAAGAAUGGUGUGAAGCACAAGGUUGCAACUCCUUACCACCCCCAAACAAGUGGUCAAGUUGAGAUUUCCAACAGGGAGAUCAAGUCCAUUCUGGAGAAGAUUGUGGGGGUUACAAGGAAAGAUUGGUCCAUCAAGCUUGAUGAUGCAUUGUGGGCUUAUAGGACAGCUUACAAGACACCUUUGGGGACUACACCUUUCAACCUUCUCUAUGGAAAAUCUUGCCAUCUACCAGUUGAGCUUGAGUACAAGGCACUAUGGGCAGUCAAGUUGCUGAACUUUGACAUCAAGAGUGCCAAGGAGAAGAGAUUGAUCCAGCUGAAUGAACUUGAUGAGAUAAGACUUGAAGCUUUUGAAAGUUCAAAGAUCUACAAAGAGAAAACAAAGGCUCUCCAUGACAAACAUAUCCUGAAAAGAGACUUUAAAGAAGGAGAUCAAGUUCUUCUAUACAACUCCAGACUGAAGUUGUUUCCAGGCAAGCUCAAGUCAAGGUGGUCUGGUCCUUUCAAGAUUAAAGAGGUUAAACCUUAUGGAGCAAUAGUUUUGUGGACUUCUGAUGGAAGAGAGUUCACCAUCAAUGGACAAAGGGCGAAGCUUUACUUGGGAACCAAAUCGGAAGACCUGGGAACUUCAGUUCCACUGUCUGAUCCUACACCGGCCUAAUCUAAAAGGAGGCAAAGUCAAGCUCGGGACUUAAAACAAGCUCACUUGGGAGGAAGUCCCAUGCGUAUCCUUGUAUAUAUUGCAUUGGUAUUUUCAUUUUUCAUCUUAUUGCAUAAAAAAAAAAAAAAAA